UUCAGCUUGUUUGAUAAGAAAAAUAAUAAAAAAAAUUCCAUCUCUAGAUGUACAAAACCAGUGGAGACAUCCCCCAAAAAGACUGGCAACUAUAAUGAACACAGAAUUUUUCAAGAUGGCGGCACAACCUCCUCUGAUGUCGACACCAAAGAAGGGAAAAUAUUCAUCCCUCUUCCAGGAGAUCGCUCUUCUGCCGUACAGACUAUUUGGACAUUGCGCACGAGAUAACAUAGACUCUCCCAAGAUGCGCUCCCCAAUUCCAUCCAGUGAUAAUAUGAGUCCCUGCCGGCACAGCCUACGGCUGCUUUCCAAUGGUUACUACGUAUGUGAUGAAGACAGUUUCUGCUGGGAUGAUCUGGGCAACGUAUCCUUCAGCCCUACACAAUGUACAGUGUCUUACAAGGAGAACAUGGUAAGAAUUUUUAGGAAGAGACGAAGAACCCUGGUACAAAGACGUCUUGAUCUUACAUCUCAUGGUCACCCUGAAGACAAGCGACCCCUGCAUUAUGAAGCCAUAAAUGACAUUGACCCUCUUGUUGUUGAGGAAAUCUGCCAUUCCACCUCCGGUCUUUGUGAUUCUGGGAACCCUGACCUAUAUGCUCCGACCCUCCUUGAUUUAGCCGAGUCAGAUGCAGACUACAUAUCAUCUGGAUAUGCGCAACUCAUGGAAGAAAAAAGCCUGAUGACUUUACCUCAUCCCAGUAAUUCUACCAAGAUGCCAGAACCUGAGAACUCUGGAACCCCCAAAAUUGGGAAUAAUGGAAAUGCAGAUUUGAUGGAGCUUAUAGGACGUUUUACCUGCGUGGAAGAGAAAGACAAAGGGGAUCACCAGCCUGGCCGCGUUGCCUGUGGUGGAUACAUGCUGGUGAACAAUGAUACAAACACUUGCCAAUUGUCCUAUGAUAUUAACAGCUUGGGACCGACAGAGAGGAGGCACGUGAAGAAGCAUCCUUCAGAUUCCAGAACUACAGACAUAACACCGUCUAUAGGAAGCGUCAGUGUGGGUGGCACCAGACAGAGGAGGAUAUUAUUCCUCGGCCUCAUCUUUAUUCCUCUAUUGUUACUCUGCCUGGUGUUUUGGUGGCUCAGGUCACCAGACCACAAAAGCAUCGAGAUUAGGAGCGAGACUGAAACCCAUAACCGGACCUAGACCACGUGCUGGACUCCACCAGGCUUCUAAGCCGAUUAUCCAAGCAGCUUCCUUACAAUACAAUUAUAACACCGCUGGCUUUGAAUAUAUUUUGCGCCUGUGACGGUCAGCGGUGAUGCCAAUACUUAUACUAAGUACAGGAGAUAGACAGGCAGCAGUGCAAUGACAACCCCUCGGGUGCACAUUUAGGUACUUGUACUAUAUAUAAUGUUAGAAACCAAACUCUAUCUGCUUGUCUCAUGUCCUAUGAGGGUCUUCUGAGUCCGUGGAGCAAGGUCCGGAUCACCCUCAGUACUGAACAUGAGAGGCUGUAGGCCUCCAUAGAGAUGAAUGGACUUAAAGGGGUACUCCAGUGGAAAACA